CUCUCUAUCCCCAACAAUCAGGUGUAAAGCGACAUGGCUGAUAGCGAAUUUGAAGAAUUUCGCCGUGUUUUCGAUAGAUUACCUCAACAUAUAAAAGCUCCAACACCAUUUUAUUCAUUAGUGCCAAAUGUUGGCCUGGAAGAUGACUCCCCGUCUUCCAAGAGCGAGUGUACGCCGGAAGAUGACACUAAAGAGGACAUGCAUCCAUGCAUGGUGGAUGGAAACGCUGCAACCACAACGGUAAAAGAGGAAAUAUCAUCAACGCCUUCACAGCCAGAUAUUACAGAAACGCAGCGGAGCCCACAGCAUUACGCAUUCACGAACGGCGAACGCAAACGAAGAAAGCUGCCAGAGAUUCCUAAGAAUAGGAAAUCAAAAAUUCUAGCAUGCAGUCAGCCAACGUCGCUGGCAGACGAGCUCGGUCAAGUUACCGGGGUGCUGGUCAGGCCUGGGUGUCAUACAAGACCACUGCUGGUCCUAAAAUGCGGCUAUCUCCUGGAUGAAGAUUCUAGCCCCGACUCGGAGAGAUUGCAAAGCCUUGGGGACGUAGACAGUGGACACAGCACUGCGCAUUCGCCGAUCGAUACAGGACCCAAGAGUAUAUCGCCGACUCCGCUACAGCAAAAUGUAUCUCCAGCCUCAAGUUGCAGCAUCAGCGGCCUCAAUUUUGCUGGAAACAUGACAAAUAUUCCUCACAGUCAACUCGAAAUGCUUGAAGCUACGCACAGAGGCCUACACAAGUUCAACCCUAGACAUCACGAUGAAAUCGAAGUGGAAAUUGGCGACCCCAUAUACGUACAAAAAGAAGCUGAAGAUUUAUGGUGUGAAGGUGUCAACCUAAGGACAGGGCAGCAAGGGAUCUUCCCGUCAGCUUACGCCGUAGAUAUGGACUACAAUGACUUCGAUCCUGCUAACGCUAAAGACAAAAAGGAACGAUAUCUGCUUGCGUACAUGGGGUCUGUGGAGACAUCGGCUCAUAAAGGAACGGGAGUUGUCUGCCAGGCAGUGAGGAAGAUAGUUUCGGAAUGUAAUGCGGAGCCUACAAUGCAGCCAUGUAUUUUAGAAGUAUCAGAUCACGGGCUUCGUAUGGUAGAUCGAUCAAAACCCGCGAGAAAUCGAAACGGGCCAUGUAUCGACUACUUCUACUCCCUAAAGAAUGUUUCGUUCUGUGCGUUUCACCCGCGAGACCACAGGUACUUGGGUUUUAUCACGAAACACCCGACGCUGCAGAGGUUCGCAUGCCAUGUCUUCAGAGGUCAGGAAUCCACGAGGCCCGUAGCUGAAGCUGUGGGGAGAGCGUUCCACAGAUUCUACCAAACAUUUAUAGAGACGGCGUAUCCAAUUGAAGACAUUUAUAUAGAAUAGGUUACUAAGCAAAACUAACAAUAAUACCAUCAACGUAUUACAUUAGCUUACUUCAGCCACAGGCAUUGAAGAAAAUUUAGGUUUAGAUUGACUUCCAUUUAAAACCGCGUAUAGUUUUCAUACUUAUAGCAAUAUUAUAAAUUUUUCGCUGCAGGCGAUAUCGUUUAUGGUAUCAAUAAAAUAGUUUGUUAUAAUAUUUUUACAAUUAAUUUUCAUAAGUCUCGUUGUUAAUCGCUGUUUGCAUGUCGCACCGAGUAUAGAUUGAGAGCUACUGACUACAGGAAUGCAUUUGGAACAAUAUAUUAUGCUAAAAGGUGAAUAUUUAACGAAAUACCGGAUCUAGUGAUUUAAUUUAAAUAAUGUUUAGAUAAAAUAGAUAAUAUUUAACUUUCUCUUAGAUUUCUACUAAUUUGUUUAUUUGAAUAAAUAAAUAAAAUUUUAGGUUUGUAGCUCUCAUUCCAUUCAUUUGGUUAUGACAGUAUAGUAUGAACAAUUUUCGAUUGCUUUGUGAGCAUAUGUUAUGAACUUAGAUUUGUAUGAGAGAGAAUCAUUCCAAUAUAUUCUUGACCAUGACUACUCCUAACAAAUUAAAAUUCUUAAUUUUAAAGUAAUAUUUUAGUACUUAGAAUAUUUUAAUUAAGGUAGACUGUAGUCACGGUUUCAAGUCGACUUGCACUUGGUGACAAGUGUACUUAGUGACUUAUGCACAUGAACUGUGGGAUGCGUGAAAGAUAAUAUAAUUACUAUAAAUCAUCUUUAUUUACCGUUUUAUACACAGAACAUAAGAUAAGUAGAACUUAUUUUGCGGAUAUCGUUUUAUUUAUGAACUUAUUAUUGAAAAAUUCUAAGCGUUUAUUGUCCUUAAAAUAUUUAAAUACUUAUAAAGAAAGACACACAUAUCAAUUGAAAUGUAAAUCAUAAAGUAUUUCUAUACAUACGUUUAAUAAAUGAAGUUUUGUUUUGUUCACAUCGAUAUCCUAGUAUGUAUUGUACAUUAAAUCUAUGCCUUGACAUAGACGGAAAAGUCAGAAUAUGGUUGUCAUAGAAAACGUAGAUCACAUUUAAAUAUUACUUGCAGCCGGUAGACACCGGGACGAAUAAGAACUCGUUAACAACUAACUACUUAACUUUACAAUAAUCAGUAAUACUAAUUAAAGGUCUUCGUAGAAUACGUUUUACUUACUUUCAACACUUGAAUAGUAUUGUGUAUAAAACUGUGUAUAUAUACUACUACCAUUCUGCAUCGUGACUGAUAACUAUUAACAAAUAUACACAUGCGUAGAUAGAUAUUUUACAUACAACAAAAGUAAUUACUUACUGAUAAUAUUUCAAUUCAAAUGAAGUGACAUGAAUUAAGAAGCUAAUAAUCGAUUAAUGCAAGUCACGCCGAUAAAAAACAGGCUUAAAUCGAUUUGGUACUAAAAUCGUUCUAAGAGUAUUUAUUUUGCUAAUAAAACUUAUAUUCAUAUCAAUAAAAUAUGAAAUCUCAAUCAUUAGUUAUAAUCGAUUCUCAACCACUGUGAUAUAAACAGUUGAUUUUUUAUGUAUGUAGAUAUAAAGUGUUUGAAACUCAGCCCCUUCAGUAAAGGCAGUGUGAUUGAAUGCUAAUUUGUAUACUUCCUUACCUUAAGUAUUACUAUCAAUAUGCUUAAUGGAAUGUAUCUUUAUAACGUUUGUAGCUAUUUAUAUUGGUUAGGUAAAGUACAGAUAUUUAUCACUACAGCAACAAUUCCUUGGUCUGCGGUAGGUAGGUCUUACCUAACGGUAGGAUAGCCAUUGCUUAUGCAAUGUUGUCUAAUAAAUUUGCUACAUACACGUUAUCACACGUACCUAAACCGAUGUUAUACAGCGCUAUAGUUUGAAUUGUAAAUAGUUUUCACGAGGAAUCGUUCACAUUGCGCUGCUAGACAAUUAUGUACCUAGGUAAUAGUUUGUUCCAAACAAAUUAAUAAACUUCGUAUUUACAAAUUCCAGUUGUUGAUCAUUUGAAUUGUUUGUCGAACAUGCAACAGUGAUGUUACUCUAAUUUGUUUAAUUUUAGCCAUCAUAAUAAUAGGCUAAUUUAUAAAUCUAUGUUAUACUUUAUGCAUUGUAACGCAUUAAGGUAAAGCUGUGGUCGAUCUUAAAAUUAAACAUAAGAACUAAAACUGCUGUAAGCUUUUAAAAUGUAGUACUAAUUACUCGUAGCCUGUUAAUACGAUUUAGAAAAUGCAUGAUAAAAUCUUUUAUAUGUGCAACACCUAAUUCAUAUUUACAAUCGACUUGAAUCCGCCUAAUAAUUACAAUUUUCAUUUACUAAUCAAAAAUGUAACUACUUAACGAUGACAUUUUAAUUUAGGAAUUCAAUAAAAGGUUGUAUUAGAUAUUUAUUUUAGGUUUUUUAGAUGUCUCACAAUGUCACCGCAAACGGGCCACCAGCCGCAGCCACAAAACGCCACUGCAAGAAGCUAGAUGUUACCAUGGAGGUAACUUAAGGACGGUGGACGCUACUGCUGGUCGUUAACUAAAUAACCAUGUGCGGCUAGUUUUCAAAAAUGUACCUAAACUGUAGGAAAUGUCGCGAAGGACCUAACGGGUAACCGGGGCUCUGGCUCGACGUGCAGGAGAAGGAACGGGGUGGUUUUUAGUCAGUAAG